CAUUAAAUGUUACAAAAAGAUGUUGUUCCUCAGUGUUUCUGUCUUGUUUUCCAAAUGACACGACUCCAGUAAAUGAAACUGUAUCAUGAUUUAACAAUCUUCAGACAUUUGUAACUGAAAGGACACACAUAUUGAGGAAGAGCAGUGUAUGAUGUGAUCAGAAGGUGUGUUUGUGUGGAUCAUGGGCCGCAUCUUCUUGGAUCACAUCGGCGGCACGCGCCUCUUCUCGUGCGCGAACUGCGACACCAUCCUGACCAACCGCUCCGAGCUGAUCUCCACGCGCUUCACCGGCGCCACCGGACGCGCCUUCCUCUUCAACAAGGUGGUGAACCUGCAGUACAGCGAGGUGCAGGACCGCGUGAUGCUGACCGGCAGACACAUGGUGCGAGACGUCAGCUGCAAGAACUGCAACAGCAAGCUGGGCUGGAUCUACGAGUUCGCCACCGAGGACAGCCAGCGCUACAAGGAGGGCCGCGUGAUCCUGGAGCGAGCGCUGGUGCGCGAGAGCGAGGGCUUCGAGGAGCACGUCCCGUCAGACGCGUCCUGAGAUCCAGCGCUCUCCGUCACUCUCAGAUGAUAGAUUCACCGAUAAACAUGCACAGCGGGUCGAGAGCUUCAGAUGCACAAACAAACGCGGCACGUAACGACCAGAUCAUCUGCUCACCGACGGAUGGCAGUUCAGAUUAUUUGACAGAAAUGCAUGUCUUUUCCCGUGUUUCACACAUAUUCUUCUGUAAGUAUGGAGUUCUGUCUGUGCCAAAAGUGUAGACUGCUUUGUCGAUGUCUGCUGUUUAUUGCUGUUGUUUUUGUCCAUGCUUUAGGAGUUUGUGCUCUCAGUGAAUGUUCUGUAUGGAUAUCCAUAUAAACAAACAGAACAUAAUACUCUGAAUAUUAUGACGAUAUAGAUGAUGUCUAUAGAUUGGUUAAUGCAAAAAGUUUGAGAGAACUCUUACUGGGAAAAUCUAAUUCUGUUUAUGUGGAUGUUUGUAAAAUAUUACAGAAUAUAAAGCAUAGCACUGAACUGAAGAAAGGACAUGAAACAACAGCACUAACAGCAGACAGACUAAUAUCAUGUACCAUCCAGUCGAGACUUUUGGCACAAACCUAACUCCAUACACAGAGAAGAUCUCUGGUGUUAGUAUUAGUGCUGUUGGAAUAACAUCUCCACCUUCACCGGGAAACCAAGGGUUAAUGAAUGCACCGGAUGAAAUUACGUAGAUUUCUCCACAGAUUCUCUGUUUGUUUCCUUAAAAGUUGAGGACAGUUGUAAAGCCUUCUUUAUCCUGUUUUAAUAACUCCUCUGUUUCUGCAUCUGUGGUUUCUCUACGCUCUCGUGAGCAAAGAGGUUCAGGAUUACAGUCUGAAGAGAUCUGAAGGUCUUUCUCACUCGAUCUGUGAUCUGUUAUUAAAAAGCAAGCCUGUAUUAGAUCACACACUCUGUGUUUGUAUCUCUGCACUGUUAGAAACCACCUGGCCGUGAUCUGAAGUGUGUUAUCAUCCACUGAUUCUCGUGUUCAUUUGUGAUUUCUUCAAGAUUUUGUGGUUUUGUUGGGUCUCUAAAUCUCCUCAGUUCUGCUGAAUUUUAAGGUCAGCAUGCUGAACUUUAUUGUACUGUUACUCUGAGCAAAUUCCUCACAUACUUCUGAUCGAAGAGUGUUUCUGCUUCUCUGUAUCGGUCCUUUGAUUGAAGCCGCUUCUGUUCAUUAUCGUGUUCCAGAGCUCAGUUGUGUAUUCAGCAUGAGGUUCAUUGUGUUAUAUUUGAUGUCUGACCAUAAGAAUAAAUCAUUUCCUAAAGUGGAA